AUGACAGAUAUACAACCUUUCACCAUCUCCGUCCCCGACUCUGCCCUGUCUGAUCUCAAGACUCGUCUCUCUCUCGCACGAUUUCCAGACGAAAUCGACGGUGCAGAAUGGGACUAUGGAGCUCCUUUAGCCGACGUCAAACGGCUGACAGGCUACUGGAAAGAUAAGUACGACUGGCGAGCGGCGGAAACCAAACUUAACGAGCUUCCCCAAUUCACGACCUCGAUCCAAUGUGACGGGUUCGACACACUGCGCAUCCACUUCAUCCACGCCAGAUCGAGCAGGAAGAAGGCUAUCCCGCUGCUCUUCGUGCACGGGUGGCCAGGGAGUUUUAUCGAAGCGACGAAGAUUUGGCGCCAGCUGUCAUCACCGUCACCAUCGCCAGGAUCCGACGACCUAGGGGAAGACGCGGCGGCGGCGGACGUACCGGCGUUCCACUUCGUGGCUCCGUCUCUGCCCAGCUACGGCUUCUCCGAGGGCGUGAACAAAAAGGGCUUCGCGCUAGCCCAGUACGCCGAGACGUGUCACAAGCUGAUGCUCAAGCUGGGCUACGAAGAGUAUGUCACCCAGGGCGGCGACUGGGGGUACUAUGUCACGCGGGCCAUGUCACUCCUGUACCCUCGGCACUGCAAGGCGACGCACAUCAACAUGGACCAGGGCCACGCUCCGAGCUGGACGAGCCACCCGGCGCUGGCGCUGCAGCACGCGCUCACGCCCUACUCGGACGCGGAGAAGCGGGGGUUGGAGCGGACAAAGUGGUUCACGGAGCAAGGGUCAGGGUACCGCCUGCUGCAGUCCACGAAGCCGCAGACACUGGGGUACGCCAUGGCCGAUUCCCCCGUGGCGCUGCUCGCGUGGAUCUACGAGAAACUGCACGACUGGACCGACUCGUACCCCUGGACCGAGGACGAGGUGUGUACGUGGAUCAGCAUCUACUGGUUCUCCACCGACGGCCCCGCGGCGAAUCUGCGCAUAUACUACGAGGUCACGCACCAGUGGGAUAACCCGGCCACGAGGGUCACGAGGGAUAGGGCCUUGGAGUACAUCGGGGGCGGGGUGAAGUUGGGAAUCAGCCAUGCGCCGAAGGAGUUGAGGGUGUUGCCGUCGAUCUGGACGAGGGGACAGGGGGACGUGGUCUUUGAGAGGACAAAUGACAGCGGUGGGCACUUUUUCGCGUGGGAGAGGCCAGAGUAUUUGAUCAAGGAUGUGAGAGACAUGUUUGCUAAGAAGGGAGGUGGUGCCUACGGAGUGGUGAAAGGGUUGGACGGGUAUUAG